ACAUAUUGUUCCUUUGAACCUUGAUUUGUUUUUGUUUGAAAAUGCUUUCCCAAGGUAUGAGUUACAUUCCUAGUUUCCUCUGGUUACCAUCCCAGUCCUUUUGCCUUUUCUUCAUUAAUAUUCUUUUUGGUUUUAUGAUAAUCAAAACCAUAAAAUACUACAUUGUUGAGAAUCCUAACAAACCUAAACUUCCCCCAGGUCCCAAACCAUGGCCUAUAGUUGGUAAUCUUCCUGAAAUGCUUGCAAACAAACCUGCAACUAGUUGGAUACACAAGAAAAUGGAAGAAUUGAACACUGAAAUAGCAUGUAUUCGUCUAGGAAAUGUCAAUGUUAUCCCUGUUACUUGUCCUUCCAUUGCCCGCGAAUUCUUGAGAAAACAUGAUGCUGAUUUUGCAUCAAGACCAAUAACCAUGGCUAGUGAUAUCAUUUCCAAUGGCUACGUGACCUCAAUUCUUGUACCCUAUGGCGAACAAUGGAAAAAGAUGAAGAAAGUUCUUGUUAAAGAUUUGUUCUCUUCACGAAGGCAUCAAUGGCUUCAAGAUAAAAGGAACGAAGAAGCCGACAAUCUUAUGUUUUACGUGUACAACAAAUGCAACAAUGGUGGCCUGGUGAAUGUAAGGAUUGCUACUCAACAUUAUUGUGGUAAUGUGUAUAGGAAAUUGUUUUUUAACACAAGGUACUUUGGAAAAGGUAUGAAGGAUGGAGGGCCUGGUCUUGAGGAAGUUGAACAUGUUGAUGCUGCUUUCGUAAUGCUUAACUGUGUUUUUGCUUUCUCUGCAUCUGAUUAUAUCCCAUGCUUGAGGUUACUUGACUUAGAUGGCCAUAAGGGCAAGGUAAAAAAUGCAAAGAGGAUAAUCAACAAUUAUCAUGAUUCCCUCAUUGAAGAGAGAAUCAAACAAUGGAAUGAUGGAUCAAAGAAUGUUGAAGAUGACUUGCUAGAUGUUUUGAUCACGCUGAAAGAUGCCAAUAAUAAACCAUUAUUGACAACGAAGGAGAUCAAGGCACAAAUUAUGGAAUUGAUGUUGGCAUUCGUAGACAAUCCAUCAAACGCAGUUGAAUGGACAUUGGCUGAAAUGUUAAAUCAACCUGAACUAUUUGAAAAGGCCAUGGAAGAAUUGGACAAUAUAGUUGGUAAAGAUAGGAUGGUCCAAGAAUCAGAUAUUCCUAAACUCAACUUCUUGAAGACUUGUGCACGAGAAGCGUUUCGCCUCCACCCCAUAACUGAUUUCAAUGCUCCCCAUGUCUCUAUAAAGGAUACAAUGGUUGGAGACUACUUCAUACCAAAGGGAAGUCAUGUAUUGCUUGGAAGAAGUGGUCUUGGGAGAAAUCCAAAAGUAUGGACUGAACCCUACAAAUUCAAGCCAGAACGUCAUCUUAAGAAUGAUGGGUCUAAUAUAGCUUUGACAGAGCCAGAAUUGAAGUUCAUAACCUUUAGUAUAGGAAGGCGAGGUUGUCCUGGUAUCAUGCUUGGCUCCACAAUGACUAUAAUGCUAUUAGCUAGGUUACUUCAUGGCUUCACUUGGUGUUUACCUCCCAAUACAACAAGAAUAAAGUUUGUUGAGUCCAACGGUGUUAUGGUUCUUGAUGAGCCAUUAACGGUUGUAGCAAAGCCACGAUUAGCAGCAGAAUUGUAUGGCUUUUGAAGUAUGGGAAAAUAAGAUUCUAAGGCUUAACAAAUUCACAUGUUUAUCUUCAUUUUACAGUUAUGUUAUGUAAUUAGGUUUGAAUCUAUGUUGGUUUUUGUAUAUAGAAGCUUUGAUGCUUUAAAGGCACGAAGCUUGAAAAAUGGAAAAUAUACUUAUAUAGAUUGAUAUUAAUUUCA